UGUCCAGAGUGGCUCUGGGCUCCUUGCCGGAGGAUCCUCCUGCCCGAGGCAUUCUCAGCAGCCAGCCCAGCCUGACGGGUGUCCUUCUGUGCUUGCAGGGCUACAGGCUGCAGACGUGUGCAGCGCAGCCAAAAUGAUCCAGCACGUGCUUGCUGCAGUUGGCACCCUGUACACUGUGGCUUAUUCGGGGUAUUUUUUAACCCACUUGGCAUGGCACCUCAUGUCUGGAUCCCGAGCAGCUCCUCCUCCUUCGGGCACAAAAGCAGCACCAGCACCUCCUGUGGCUCCCUCUGCUUCCAAAGAGGAGGCCAAAGAGGAGGGAGACAGCAGUGAGCUUCCUGCUGCUCUGGGGGACGAUGGUGACCUUCCCUCAGUGCCGGGAGAUGACAGUGAACUUCCCGCUGCUCUGGGAGACGAGGGCGAACAUCCCGCGGUGUGGGAAUACAACGGCGAGGCUCCCGCGGUGUGGGACAAGGACAGUGGACAUCUCCCGGCGUGGGACGAGGACGGUGGAUAUCCCCUGGUGUGGGACAAGAAUGGCCCAGCUCCCACGGUGGGGGAUGAGGACGAUGGACAUCUCCCAGUGUGGGAUGAGGACGGAGGACAUCCUGUGGCUUGGGAAGAGGAGGAUGAACCUCUCCCAGAAUGGGAAGUGGACAGUGAACGUCCCCUGGCUUGGAAAGAAGAUGGCAAACCUGCAGCGUUUUGGGAAGAGGAUGGAGAAGCUGCAGCCUUUUGGGAAGAGGAUGGAGAAGCUGCGGCCUUUUGGGAAGAGGAUGGAGAACCUCCCUCUGCUUGGGAAGAGGACACUGAACCUCCCUCUGCUGUGGGAUCCUGGGCUGAACAUUCUGACAGCAGCGCAGCCCUGCAGGCAGAGGGGAGAGGGGAGUGGUGCCUGAUGCAGCUGAGUACGUCUGCUCUGUUCCUGGGUGCCCGAGCAGGGUGCUGUGUGUGUGUCUCGGCAUCAGCUGCACCCAGUGCUGCCCUGCAGCUGAAUGUCCCCGAGUCAUUUAUUGUCCUUCCCCAGCUGAGACCAAGGGGCUCACUGCCCGAGGGAGUGGGGCUGCCUUCUGGCUCUGCUGCAGGGCAGCUCUCACUCUGGGAGGGAGCGUCUUCCAUGUGGUUUCUUUCAGGGAACACCGUGAGCGAGGCGCAGCCUGCCCAGAAAUACCUGGAAGUGGAGCAGAUUGGCCAAGGGGCUUUUGGAGCCGUUUCUAAAGGACUCGACAGGGCCACUGGAGGAGAGGUGGCCAUCAAGAAAAUGAGUCUCACAAGGCAGAAGAGGGAACGAGCUGUGAAUGAGAUCCUGCUCCUGAAGGACAAGAAGCACCCCAACAUUGUCAACUUUUUGGACAGCUUCCUUGUUGAUGGAGAUCUCUGGCUGGUGAUGGAAUACAUGGAUGGAGGAACUUUGCAGGACGUUGUCAGACAGACACGCAUGGCUGAAGGAGAGAUGGCAGCUGUCAGUCGGGAGUGUCUGCAGGGCCUGGAUUUCCUCCAUUCCAAGCGGGUGAUCCACAGGGAUGUGAAGAGCUCCAACAUCCUUCUGGGAAUGGACGGCUCUGUCAGGCUGGCUGAUUUUGGCCUCUGUGCUCAGCUCAGCCCUGAGCAGGACCAGCGCAGCUCCAUGGUGGGCACUGCUCACUGGAUGGCCCCAGAAGUUGUGACCAGAUCUCCUUAUGGCCCCAAGGUGGACAUCUGGUCCUUCGGUAUUGUGACCAUCGAGAUGGUGGAAGGAGAACCUCCUUACUUCAGGGAAACGGCGGCCAUGGCUCGCGCUCUGAUCCGGCAGAACGGGACCCCGCAGCUGCAGGAGCCCCGGCGCCUGUCGGCUCUGCUGCGGGACUUCCUCGAGUGCAGCCUGGAGCCGGACGAGGAGCGGCGCUGGGCUGCCCAGGAGCUGCUGCAGCACCCAUUUUUAGCAUCAGCCAAGCCUCUCUCCAGCCUGACCCCUCUGAUCACUGCAGCAAAGCAACUGAGGGAGCAGCGGAGGAGAUGAAGCACUUGAGGACAGCUUCUUGUUACUGUAUUUAGGACAAUUAGUUAGUUAUGGUAGUUAGCACUGCUAGUUAGUUAUGGUAGUUAGGACAGUGUGUUUGUUAUGGUUCUUAUGUUAGCCUGUUUGGUAUGGCAGAUUUUUGAAUAAAAACUCUCUUAAACCUCAAGUCCCUUGACGUGUCCCUUCCUUCUCCCCCUGUGGCUCAGCUGCCCGCAGCAAUGUGAGGGGAGAGCGGGCCCAGCCUGGCCCAGAGCUGAGCCCAGCAGAGCCCUGGCAGAGCCCAGAGCAGCCUCGGCAUCUGCAGAGUCAGCCUGGAAGGAGGCGCUUGGAGCCUCCUGGGCUGCACCCGACUCUUGGUUACAAGCUGUGUGUGCUGGAAAAUGCCACCGGCUCUGCAGGAGGGCACAAGGGGCCCGGGGAAGGCCCAAGUGCUCCAUGCAAGGCAAAAACCUGCCCUGGGCUUGUUAUUAAUAAUUAUGAAGUUGUUGGCUUUGAUAUUGUGUAUUGGAUUCUGCAAAUGAUUCUUAAUCACAAGGAUUUUCACAUAGUACAGUUUGUAAUCCUUUUUAACUGCUUUUGCUGUAGUAUAAUUUGUUCAGCUUUUUGUGGCCAGUGCCCUGGCCCCUGUGUAGCUUGUACCCUCAGGACAUCAUUUAUAGAUGAUAUUUUAGUUUGUGGACAGUGUGAAAAACAUACAUUAUAGUUUUGGAUCUUGCAAAGUAUUAAAGUGGAUGCCGUGUGUUGUGCAUUAUAAUGUUAACUUUUGCAGAAGUAGCUGUAGUUCUGAAAUAAUAACCAAUGCUUUUAUUUUUGUAACUAACUGACAAUAAUAACUCAGAAAUAUGUGUGAAAUA